AACUCAAAAUUGAAGCCUCUUUUUGCUGGGAUGCAAGGUGGUCCCGGAAAGUCUUCGUUAUUUGGCCAGUUCCUCGAAAACGGUCCUCUGGGAAUGGAUGCGACCGGACACUUGUUCCGCAGAAGGCCAUCCAUCUUGUCGACUUUCAACGUCGUCUAUUUGGACGCACCAGCAGGGUCCGGAUACAGCUUCGAUACCACUGGAACGUACCCCUCCACACUCGAGGAAUCUUCCGUGCACACCAUCCGAUUUCUCAGGAGAUUUCUGCGAAUUUUCCCCGAGUACAAGAACAGGGAGUUCUUCAUCGCUGGAGAAUCGUACGGAGCAAGAUCAGCAAUUGGGUUGGCGCAGAGAGUGCUAUCAAGACCAACGGACCUGCCUUGCCGCUUAAAAGGAGUGAUGCUGGGUGUGGGGUUUGUCUUUCCGCUUUUAGAGAUCAUCAACUCGGCCGAUUAUCUCUACUAUUCGGGCCUGCUAGACAACCAUGGUCGCACUAAGUUCGCACUGCGAUUUCAGGAGAUCCAACACCUUGUCGACGAGCAAAAUCCAAUUGAAGCCGCAAAGUUGCUGUAUCACACAGUCUUCAACAUGCACCCGGCAAGACAUCAAAGCUUGUUCGAAGAACUGACUGGCUUCCAGAGCCACGCAAAUAUCAUAAGGGAUCGGAUGUCGAGAAGGUUCGAGACGUACAUGUCGUACGCAAACAGUACGGAAUUUAAACAAAUUAUUCACGUUUCACCUAAGAGAGCCCUCGACGCCACAAGGUCUCAACUUGCUAUGGCGUUAGCGGUGGGUGACUUCUUCGUUGACAAGAGAGAAACAUUGGUGGAAGUACUCAACAAUGUUGCCGUCCUUUUCUACACAGCACAGCUGGACGCCGUAUUCCCAUCAGUCAAUAUGGAACGUUCAUUUUUGAACUUGAACUGGAGGGGUACUGAGGCGUUCAAGGAAGCUGCUCGAAAACGCUGGUACCACGUAAUAAAUGGCCGUAAAGAACUCAUGGGUUACCAGAAGAUUGCAGACACCGUUAUGUAUACCACCUUGCUCGUUAGUGGCCAUCUUGUAUCAUUCGACCAUCGGAGGUAGUCAUCGACUUGUACC